GUGAGAACCUCCAGCAAACUCCAGACUCACACAUUCAUAUGGAGAUUUGGGAGUAUAAAUAGAGGGAGAGGAGAGAGAGCCGAGCACAGAUCUGAUCUGAUCCUAACAGAGAACCGAACACAAGACACACAGCCAUGGCACCUACAAUCACUGGAUCAAUCAUCAGCAGAGAACAACUUCCACUCUCAAACAAGCUGAGAAAGCCAAUAGUGGAGAAGAUCCGCAGAGAACGAAUCAACAGCAGCAUUGAGAAGCUCAAGUCUCUUCUGGGUCAAGAGUUCCUAAAGCAGCAGCCCGACUCCAGACAGGAGAAAGCUGAAGUCCUGGAGAUGGCGCUUGAUUUCUUGAGACACCAGCGGCGCUCCCAGAAUCCCUCGGCCUGCAGCUCUACUGCAGCUCUUGACGGACACUUCAGAUGUGUGCAGGAGGCCAUCAACUUCCUGUCUCAGUGUCCAGAGCAGACCGAGUCCCACAGAAGACUGCUAAAGCACUUCCUGCACACACAGCUCCACACAGAGAACCGCACACAUGCGCCGUCUCAGAUCAGUUCACCAGCGGCACAGAGCAGCAGCAAAGAGCAAACUCUGGUGCUCUGGAGACCCUGGUAGAGCCACCAGGACCCGUGUGAUUUAUCAGACAGAAUUCAUUAUGCCAGUCUGAGAUUGGCGUGGACUGUAAUUCUAACGUAGGAAAUGAUUUCCGCCUCUGCUGCUUAUGCAGGACCUUUAAUCUGCUUUCAGAGAAAGUUUGUGUUUCAUUGAAACUGUGUGACCAGUAAUAUUUGAUCAGAAUGUACAGAAUCUUUUGCCACGUGUGAAAAUUAAGAUUGAUAAAAACAUACAAGUCUGAUUUAGACUUUGAGCUCUUGUUGCUCUUUCACCCAUAUUGGGUUUGUUCUCUUACUGCUUUCAUUUACUGAAAGCUUUUGAUGUAUAUUUCUGUUGUUUGAAAUACACCUAAUGGUUCUCUUAUUAUAUAAGAAAUAUUUCUUCAUUUGAAGGAUAUUUGAUUGUGUGUUGAAAGCACAUAUAGCCUAGUUGUUUUUCAUCUUUACAUGUGUUUACAUGAAUGAGACAUUUCCCCUGUAAAGGGCAGUUAAAUAUUGUCACUGUUAGUGAUCUGAAUUUUAUUGCUUAUAUUCAAAGUCAAGUUGUUACCUUCAUUGAAGGUAUGUUCAGCAUUUGUAUUACU